AUGUUAACAUGUUUAGCUAUUUUAGGGGACAGUAAAAGUUCCGAUGAAUAUAAACCAGAUAUAGCAAGAGUUGGUAAAUUAAAAAAAACAAAAAUUGCUCAAAAAACAGCAACAGGUACAUUUUCUAAUGUAAUCACACAAAUUCAAAACUUACCGACAAUGGAACUUGGAAGGAGAUUCAGAACUCCCUGUAAGACUGGUAACAAAUGCGGAAAGGUCAUAAAAAGACUUAUGGUACCGAAACUAGCGCAGUUAGAAAAUACAAUUAUGGGCAUAAUGAAAGAGCUGUCUAAAAUGCCACCAGCAGUGAUAACUGAUGAUACGACGCAACUGUUUGUAUGUGUGCUCCCGGGGACGCCAAUCCUCCUACAAAGCCUUCUAUUUACUGUGACGAGGGCUCCACGGUAUUUCGGCAUUUUGCAAGACCAUCGGGGUCAGCCACUAUCGGUAGAAAUAUCUGAAGAGUAUAUGGACCAAGAUUAUAUCGCAACUAACAGGAGACGACAUAAGAUUGACUGGAAUAAGAAUCCUUUAGACGUGGAUGAUUUUGAAGAUGAUGACACCGAUGAGGCAUUCGAUGAGAAAGAUAAAGAUGUAAAAUUGCCAAACAAUCUUCAAGCUGGUCCUGUUUAG